AGCAGACUGUUUUGACUGACUAUAAUACAAACGCUCAUAUAAGAUCUGUACAGUUCCUGGUGACGGGCUCGUAUAGAACGUGAAACUAAAAUUGAAGCUGUUUCCGGUUAGAACAUCAACUGAGGACAGCGUCACUUCCAGUCGUGACAGACUGCAAAAAUUAGCGAUGAUAUACUUUUCAGAGCAGUACAAUGGUGACCGGAUGAGGGCCUAUGUUUCCCUCUUUCAUGAAGAGUUAUCCCCUUUACUUCCGGAAUUCGGAAAACAGUCUUUCGGAUUCAUGAUCAAAUCCACUGUGAUAUGUUCCCACUAACCAAUUAACUGCAGAAUAAUGGACGUGACUUGUCAUAGAAUUUUGCCCAAAGGAGAAAUAUUCAAAAGGACAUUGGAUUUUGAAGUGCUCCCCUCGCGAAUGACCAUGAGCAUUUUUAUGUGAAAUGGUUUGUAACGGAACUCUUUUGUACCUAGAAUGGCUCGUUAGCUGUCACUUUAAUAUUCAUCGACACUCAUUUAAUGUCUUUAAAAUCACAGCACUACAAAAAGAAAAAAAGAAAGAAAAGUAGAACAAGGGAUUUAACAUAUUUCCUUCAUUUAAUAAACGCAAAUGUAAUCCAUGCAAUACACAUAAUUUACAAGGAAAGGCUGGAGAUUUGAUUGACCGCUUCAUUGAACUACACUGGAUUUUGAUGUCGAAACAAUUUGUGGAAACAAUACGAUGUAAUGUAUAUUAACGGGUAUACGUCGACACAGAAUAAUUGCUUGUCCCUUUGAAAUAUGAGUUUAAGAUUUGGAAGAUACAUUUGUUGCGCUUAUCGGAGAUUAGGUAUUGUGGGGAUAUAUUUUACAUGUGUAUAUUUUCUGAUCGUUUACUUAUUGCUGAUCUCGAUCGAUAACACGCUUCACAUUGACGUGGAAACUACACGUAAUAUCCCCAUUCAAACAACCGCUCUAGCGACCUCGACUCCGAUGCCGGUAACGACAAUAUUUCCUUCAAAAACGUAUUAUAUGGAAAUUGGAGACUAUCCUUUGGCCUUUGAUAUAAAAUCGUUUGUUGAAGACACAAUUCAGGAACACGAUUUAACAAAUUAUUCCGAUAUUGCACCUAUAAAUCCGAGACAAUUUACCUAUGUGUACAGAGCAAGAAAAUGCAGGUUUGACCCAAAAGUGAAACACAAAUUACUAAUUCUUGUGAAAUCCGCCGCGGGAAAUCGCGACUGGAGAAGGAAAAUAAGGAAAACAUGGGGAGCGGAAUACAGCGACGGAAAAACGAUAAAGAUUGUGUUUCUGUUAGCAGCUACAGAAGAGGAAACGCAGGUGUUUGUUGAUUACGAGGCAAGAAAAUUCCGGGAUAUAGUUCAGGAGAAUUUCUUGGAUUCCUACAGAAAUAACACGUAUAAGACUAUUAUGGGAUAUAAUUGGGCGAUGGAGUUUUGUCCUACUGCGAGUUAUGUGCUCUUUAUAGACGAUGACAUUCGGGUUAAUGUCGAUAAGCUUACGACACAUAUCGACGAUAUAUCGCGACAGCCUCAACAGAUUAUCGAUAAUCUUUAUAUCGGUUUGUUAAUACCGUGCGGAGAACCGUAUCGCGAUAAUAUUUCAAAGUGGUACAUAUCUUAUGACGAAUAUCCACACGAAUUCUGGCCGCCAUAUUUAGCAGGUGGCGCCUUUCUAAUGUCGCAUAUGUCCGCUCUAAAAUUCCAGCUGGCCAUCCCCUACGUCACACUGGUCAGUAUAGACGACUCUUAUCUAGGAAUUGUAGCUAAGAAAUUAGGAAUUAGACCAAUUGAUAGUCUGAUGUAUCACUCAAGCGGAGUGUAUGCUAGCCUGUCAAUAUUUCAGCAUCAGGGUAAAUCUAGUUAUAAACGUAUUGAUCGAGACGGGGACACGCCCUUCACUUCACACACGAAAUUAUGUUUUAUUGGGACGUGACCAGGAACCCCGAUAUUGAUUUCUGUAGAGUUACACCUGGAUGUACCAGUCAGAACGUCCAGUACAGUAAAUAUAUCUAAACAUGUUUUCCAGCUAUCAGUAUCCGUCGCGGGUUCAAGACCUGACGUUGGGCUGUCGCCAGUAACUGGCCGUAGGUCGGUGGGUUUUCUCCGGGAAUUCCGGCUUUCCUCCAC